CGUGUGCGCAAUUGUCCUCGGAUCACUUCCACCCAGGCGCGUGCGUGAAUUGCCCUUAGCACAUUUCCACCACGCCGCGUGUGCGAUUGUCCUCGCCUCACUUUCACCCAGCCCCGUGCGUGAUUGCCCUCGGCACACUACCACCUAGCUGCAUGCACACACACACAUGCCGAAGUGACCUUUUAUGUGCGUCUUGAAGAGAGAAAAGACAGAAGACUAAAGAGAGAUGAUGAAAAAAAAGCACGACACCCGGGAAGAAGUCAGAAGGGAAAAAGUCAUGUCGUCCAUAACUGCUGUUACAGUAGAAUGGUCUAAGUUGCAGUAAAGUUGUGGUGAAAAUAAAAAGUUGCAAGAUGUGCAAAAAGUCGCAGGGUUUGCUUAAUUUUGCGUUAAUAUUUGUGAUCGCAACAUCGCAAAAUCCUGGAGGGCGUGAUAGAAUGUAGCAAAUAAAAAAAAAGUCUGCUGAACAGACUAAUAUAUUUACAUUUAGAAAACUCUUGAGCACUUUUGGACAAACUCGAAUGAAUGGUAGCUCAAGCUCCGAUAGAAUGCUAGUUCAUUAUUUUAGCUCUGCAGCAGACAUGAAAAGGGGAUUUUGACUUGACUCGAGAACUGCAGACAUCUGUGGGGCAGACACAAAGAGCAAGCGGAAGAUCCUGUUGGUGAUAGCAAAACCUCAAUUUAUUAAUUGUCCAUUUGUGUCCCAACUCCACUGAAAACCCAAAUUAAUUUUUUAUUGAAAAAGAAAAAAAGAAAAAACAUAAAAGUUGUCACCUUAUCCCAAUAUUUCUUGAACUAAAUUCACUAUUUUAUUCUAAGCUUCAGUCACUUUGAUCAUUUCUUCCUGUCAUAAGAGGUGGGGAGGUUGUGACAUAAAUCUGGCCAAUCAGAUGCCAUUUCUUCUCAGCUCAAGAGGAGAAGGAGUCCAACUGUCUGCAAUUUCGUGCAAGAACGCAAACAUGAAGACAUCUGCUGAGUUUGUCUUAUUUCUGACAGGUUUGCUCUCAGUUGAAAAGACUCUUCUAACGUCAUCCUCAUUGGUGAAUCAACAGACUGAUUUCAUAUCAGCUCACAAAGGAGGAACUGUGUUUUUACCGUGUUUCUAUGAAGCGAAUGAUCUAAUAUGGGUGUCCUGGUACAAACUUACUCUGAGACAGAAACCAGAGCUAGUCUGUAAAUAUUUUAGAUACACGAAGGAAACUCGUUUCUACCAUGAAUACAACGAGAAUCCACGCAUUAUACUGAAUACAGAAAAUCAAACUCAUCACCUCACAAUUUUAGAUCUACGAUAUUCAGACUCUGCUAUUUACUUCUGUGUAGCAAACUAUGGAAGUGAAGUACAUUUCAAAGCAGCUGUUACGGUCGAUGUUAAAGGAUCAGGUUUAACCAUCCAGACUUCAGUGGAUCAGUCGUCCUCUGAGAACAUCCAUGCAGGAGACUCUGUGACUCUGAACUGUACAGUACACACUGGGAGCUGUGAUGGAGAACACAGAGUUUACUGGUUCAGAGACUCUGGAGACUCUCAUCCAGGACUCAUUUACACUCAUGGAGGCAGGAAUGAUCAGUGUGAGAGAAACAAGAACACACAAACUCACAGUUGUGUCUACAAUCUCCACAUGAAGAAUCUGAAUGAGUCUCACACUGGGAUCUACUACUGUGCUGUUGCCUCAUGUGGACACAUACUGUUUGGAAACGGGACCAAACUGAACCUCACAGUUCCUCUGAACUCUGUGAUUUUACACACUUUGGUUGGAUUAUUGACCAUCAUGAGCCUCCUUGUUGUUUUUCUGCUUUUUCUUCUGUGGAAGCUCAACAAGAGAAACAACUGCACCUCCACAGAGGAAAUAUCACCCGCUGCCCCCUUAAGAAGCUCAGAGGCUGAGAACAAAGACACAGAAAGUCUCCAUUACGCUGCAAUAAAUGUGAAGAGGUCCAACAGGUCAAGACAGAAGAACGACUCCAACAUAGACUGUGUUUAUUCCAGUGUGAGACAACAGAACUGAACUUUUAAGUCAUUGAAACAAUUAAAUUGUCCCUUUUUUUUUCUUUUUUACAAAUAGUCAACAAUAUUUCUAACUGUACUUUUUGUUGUUAAAACAGAAACACUCAAUGAUAUGUGUAAUUUUGUUUUG